UUUUUUGUGCUUCAUCGAAAUCUGCUAUCCUUUCUUUUGUUAUCAUUAUUAUUUUUUUAUAAAGUCAUAAUAUUUUUAGUGUGCAUGGUUGCUUUCUACCCAACGUACCCAGUUUCUCCCCAUCAUGUGAUUUCUGUUAAACUGACCAAUGAGAACUUCUUGCUCUGGACGGCUCAGAUGAAACCCUACGCUUCUCAAUUUGUUACUGCUACUGCUUCUGACGGCGCCAUCAUCUCUCUUCUUAAUCCUGACUUUUCUCUUUAGAGUAAUAUGGAAACAGAGAAUGAAUAUACGGUUUUCCUCUAUAAUCUUCAGGAGUUAGAGGCGUGUAUUGAUAAUAGUACUUGUAAAGAUUACACAGGACAACAAGGACUCACUCUCAGAUAGAGUUCGUGAUUCAGUCAACCCGAGGUCAAUCAGAUUUAGAGCAUUAUUCUCAAUGUUGUGUUAUAUGGUCCGCCGAAUCUCGGUUAUUCGAGGAAAAUGAAAUGAAGGGUUUGGUUGGAUUGUUUUAUUUAAUGGGAAAAGGGAAAUGUGUUUAAUGAUUGACAUGUUUGGUUACCGAGAAAAUGUUUCAAAAGAAAGGCGAAUGGAAAUAAGAACUCAAAUUUCUUCUUGUUUUUAUUGCAAGAAGCGAGAGAUACAGAGAAGAAAAAGAGUCUAUUUUUCUGUCUUUACUCUCCUCUCAUCUGACAACAGACUAUUAUGAGGGAAAUAUUCCAGUCAAAUUUCUUGGAGGAGUGAAAGGGUGACUUUUAAUACACAAGAAAAGCGUACUCUGCUUGAUUAACUCUUUACAUGGCAUUAUUUUUUUCAUUAACUUUUACACAUCAUUUCAAUUUCUUAGCUGUUUUCCAACUGUUCUCGUAUUCUCAUUUAAAAUGUUUUAACUUUUCCACUUUGUUGCGGAGUUUCUGGUUGAUUUUUUUAAUCGUUCCAAGCCAGGAUUUUAUCAAUUUGAGAUCUUUCAGUCACAUCUUUCAGAACUUUGGAGUUGCGCGCGGAUGGAGAACUUCAAAGCUCCUUUCAGAGGAAUUGCAAAUGAUGUCAGAGGAAGAGCACGGUGUUAUAAGCAAGAUUGGAUUGGAGGACUUCGUGCAGGAAUUGGGAUACUAGCCCCAACUACCUAUAUCUUCUUUGCUUCUGCUCUUCCGGUGAUUGCCUUUGGCGAGCAACUAAGCAGAGAUACUGAUGGAAGCUUGAGCACCGUGGAAACUUUAGCUUCUACUGCUAUCUGCGGUAUAAUACACGCAGUUUUUGGAGGACAACCUCUUCUAAUAUUGGGAGUUGCAGAACCAACUGUUAUCAUGUACACCUAUUUGUACAACUUCGCCAAAGGGAGGGAUGAAUUGGGACGCGAACUCUUCUUGGCUUGGGCUGGAUGGGUUUGUGUUUGGACAGCUCUCUUGCUGUUUCUUCUUGCAAUAUUCAAUGCCUGCACUGUCAUCAGUAGGUUUACGAGGAUUGCGGGUGAGAUUUUUGGCAUGUUGAUUGCUAUUCUCUUUAUUCAAGAGGCCAUCAAGGGUAUGAUUGGUGAGUUUGAAGUUCCCAAAGCUGGGGAUCCAAAGUCAGAGAAGUAUCAAUUUCCAUGGAUUUACACAAAUGGAUUACUUGGGAUCAUAUUUACUUUUGGUCUUCUCUACACUGCCCUAAAGAGCAGAAAGGCGAGGUCAUGGUGGUAUGGCACAGGGUGGUUUAGAAGUUUUGUGGCAGACUAUGGGGUUCCUUUAAUGGUUGUAGUGUGGACGGCACUGUCAUUCAGUGUACCAAGCAAAGUUCCAUCUGGUGUUCCGAGAAGGCUCUACAGCCCUCUUGCCUGGGAAUCUGCAUCUUUACACCAUUGGUCUGUAGUACAGGAUAUGGGCAAGGUUUCUCCAGCAUACAUCUUUGCAGCUUUCAUUCCUGCUGUGAUGAUUGCGGGGCUUUACUUUUUCGACCACAGUGUUGCUUCACAGAUGGCACAACAAAAGGAGUUCAAUCUUAAGAACCCUUCUGCUUAUCAUUACGAUAUCUUAUUGCUAGGAUUUAUGACUCUGCUUUGUGGAUUGAUGGGGCUACCUCCUUCAAAUGGUGUCCUGCCGCAGUCCCCCAUGCACACUAAGAGCCUUGCCGUUCUCAAAAGGCAGUUGAUGCGAAGGAAGAUGGUGGAAAGUGCCAAGGAAAGCAUAAAGCAGAAAGCUAGCAACUCUGAAAUCUAUGGCAAGAUGCAAGCCGUGUUUAUAGAAAUGGAUGGCAGUGCAGCAUCUACUUUAGAGGUUAAAGAGCUGGAAGACUUGAAGGAAGCAGUAAUGAAAGGUGAAAAUAACAGUGAAAGCGCAAAGGGAUCAUUUGAACCUGAGAAGCACAUUGAUGCAUACCUGCCUGUCCGAGUUAAUGAGCAGAGAGUGAGCAAUCUCUUACAGUCACUCCUUGUGGCAGCAUCAGUUGGUGCUAUGCCUCUAAUAAAGAAGAUACCAACUUCAGUGCUUUGGGGAUACUUUGCUUACAUGGCCAUUGACAGUCUUCCUGGGAACCAGUUUUGGGAAAGGAUUUCAUUUCUCUUCAUAACGCCUGGCCGGCGUUACAAGGUCUUGGAAGGGGUUCAUGCAUCAUUUGUGGAGUCGGUACCAUUUAAGUACAUGGCCAUAUUUACGAUCUUCCAAAUUAUAUAUUUCCUGGUCUGUUUUGGUAUAACAUGGAUUCCUAUUGCUGGAAUCUUGUUCCCCUUGCCCUUCUUCGUUCUUAUAAGCAUAAGACAGCAUAUUCUUCCCAAGCUGUUUCAACCACAUCAUUUGCGGGAACUGGAUGCAGCCGAAUAUGAGGAGGUCACCGGUGCCCCAAGAGUUUCCAUCAGCCUAUCGUUUAAUGAAAGGGAAGCACAGCAUCUUGGAAAUGGAGACAGUGGAGUGGAAAUUUGUGAUGCUGAGAUAUUAGAUGAACUGACAACAAGUAGGGGGGAAUUGAAGGUUAGAAAUUUUAGCUUCAGUGAAGAGAAAUGUGGCCAGGUUCAUCCAGGGGAUUCCAGAUUCCAGUCGAGUGAAAGAUGAGUUCGAUUGCCAUCGAAAUGGGAAAGCCUGAUGAUGACGAAGAUGAUACUUCAAUCCUUAGAUGGGGAUUUACAGAAUACCAUACUCAUAUGUAGAAUAUGUAGAAUGAAAAAAUUAUAGUAAAAGGAUCAACGUCCCGAGAGAAUUAUCAGCCUAAUCUAGUAUCCCAAGCUUUAAUUCAAAAAAAAAAAUAAUUGUGCAGCUAGUAAUUGAUAGCAAAGAGAGCAAUCAUCAUUCAUCUCCACUUUUCCCAUGGUAGCAAGUCCUAUAUAAAAGUAAGACAACCCAAAGAGGGACAUAUAAAAAGCAAAGAAAAAGGGAGUUAACACCCGCAUUUUUGUUCUCCAAUGUAAAAUAAUGUACACAAUAUAUGCAUACAUGCAUCUUUGUGUGUCACUGUCAGUGUCAGUGUGUGUGUGCAUUCAUAGUUGGGACAAAGGUUGCCGAGACGAUCGGCUGUCGCGAAGUAGAGUGAGUUAGAAAUGAGCUUUUAGUACAUCAUUGGGCCUCUAUUAGAAACUUACGGGCUUUUAGUGCGCAUUGUCUCUCCAACCGUCAUGAUUCAUGAGUGAGGAUUAACAACUUCAAAUGCUACCAAUCUAAUCUUUCCUUUGACUUCAAGAAAAAUUAAUUACUCCUCCAUCCCGUCAACUUGUUGGGUGAUAAGUUUACAUCUUUUUAUUCCAAAAAAAAAGUUUACAUCUUUAAUUUUAAGAAACCAGGUUAUCCAUAACCAUCCUUUCAGGCCCCCAUCCCCUUCACAAAUUCUGAGAUCAAAUUCUUCAAAGAACAUCAACUCAUGUGGAAGAUAGAGACUCAAAAAUCAACCAUCCCACUCGAAUGGAUCCCACAUCCAGCAGGCCAAUACCCUCUGUCCUACGAUAUAGCAGUCAGAAAUCAUGGGUUAACUAUUGCUGCAAUUUGUAGAUCAAACUUGAGAGAUAUUAUUUUUGCAGCAAUUUAACAAAUAGACUUUGUUAACCCUACUUAUGGUGAAGCAAUGGCAGCAAAACUGGUUAUUGAGGAAGCAUCUUCUCUACACCUUUUAGAUAUAAUUAUUGAAGGAGAUAGUCAAGUGGUCACAAAUGCAAUUAGUAACUCUUCAUCAUUUCUAGAUUGGUCCAUCUUUAACAUCUUUACAGAUGUUACAAAUUGAUUAAAAAUAUUCUAAAGCUAAAUAGUUCAAAAAAUUCAUCGGCAUUAGAAUUGACGGGCGCACAAUUUGAUGCAAUGAACCAUAACAAACGAGUUAGGCUAUUACCUCUUAUUAAACUACCACAAUGUGUCCUAUAUCUCCACGGUGGGAAAGAUGAUAUCUUCUUUCUAACUCUGGUAUAUUAUAAAACUUAAAUAUUUCCUUUCAACAUAUAGUUUUUCUUAUAUGUAUAGAUUAAACUCUCUAUUUAAUUUAUGAGUGAUGAAUUUUAAAUAUUUUUAAUCUGCAUAUUAUCCAAUCUUUAUCAACUAAUAUUCUAAAUGGGGUACCUGACAACGUUAAAAAAGAAGUGCAGGAGAAAUAAAGCACAAAAAUCAGUCCAAGUCAAUGAAAAAAAAAAAAAAAGACCCCAACGUAUAGGCGGUAUAGCCGCCUCGUCACUCCACACCCUCCCUCCAACUCUGCUUCCUUGACCUUAUCCACUUCCCUCAUCACCUGCAUUUCUUUUCCUUGUACCUCCUUCUCUCCUGCUAUUUCUGAUUGUACUCUCUAGCCCAAAUCACCCUUCAAACUCAUCCCAAAAUCCUUUUAAGUCCCCAACGAACAACACUUGAAAUUGAGAGCUUUUAUGGAAGCUUUGAGUUCUCGACUGCACUGGAUACAAUCCCUCACCUCUUGCUACCUUCAAAGUUCAAAGCCUUCCCUCUCCUCUACCAUUCUUCCAAGUCACAGUUUCUUUCUCCUGAGUUAUCUUCUUCAGUCUUUGUUUCUGCAUUUGUCUCUUUCCAAUGGCUUCCGCUCUCACUUCUUUCCGGCCGGCAGUGGUCCGGGCCUCCGCUUCUUCCUCUAACAAACCCGAUCCGAAUAUCCGUAAACCCGCCUCGGCCAACUGGUGGGCCCCGCUCUUCGGCUGGUCCUCCGAUGCGGACUACAUAGACCCCAACGCGGGGGCCCCUUCAAGUAACGAGACAGGUGUCUCGGACACGGAAUCCGGCCGACUAAGGUCCAGAUUUGCGCUGGGGGGCUUCACGGAAGAAAAGGCGAAGCAGCUUCGGAGGAAGACCAUGGAAAGCUCGGCGUUCCACGAUAUAAUGUACCACUCGUCAAUCGCGUCCCGGCUCGCCUCCGACAUUUCGGACUCGUCCGAGAAGUAGUAGGUAUGGGUGAAGAUCCGGUAAGUGCCCCCUCAUCGCACGGUUCGAGUUAUGAGGUCCUUGUCGUCAAGGUGCAUGUUAUUUGCCAUAUUUGGCUUGCAAUUUGUCGAAAUGAUAAGCAGGGGAUAUUAAAAAAAAAGAAAAAAAGAAAAAGGAACUAUUUUUAUUUUUGCUUGUUUGAAAUAUUAUAGUUUGGAUGUUGUGAGGCCUUGAGAGGACAAUGUACUAUUUUGCAGCGUACUUUGGAUUUUGGGA